AUGUUUUCAUAUCUUAAUCAAAGCACUUCAGAAGAUUACUGAAAUAACAUUGGAAUUCGUAUAAAUGCAAGAUCAACUCAACUUCUUGGGAAACAAAUAUCCUUUCAAUUGUGAGAAACUGCAGGAGAGCUAAGAUCUCACACACUAACCACUUCUUGCAUUAGUGGCUCAAAUGCAUUCAUAAUUAUAAUGGACUUAUCUAAUACAUCAGCUACUUACUGAAAAAAUGAAAUUGAUAAGCUACUGAAAGACAAAACAAGAACAAUCCUGCUAAUUGGGAAUAAAGCAGAUCUUCAGUUAGAAAGAAUGGUUACUUAUGAAGACGCAAAAAGGCUUGCAGACGAAUGAGGAUCUAUCUAUAUAGAAACCUCAGCCAAAACAAAAUAUAACGUUGAUAAAGCGUUUGAAGUUUUAAUUAGAAGCAUAGCGAAUACAAUUCAGAAUCCAAACCAUUUCAAAAAUUAUUGAACUUUUAAACUUUAUGAAGUUGGAUAG